AUGUCACUUCAAGAUUUCGAACAGCUUAAAAAACUAGGAGACGGUGCCUUUGGGAAUGUUUUCAAAGUAAGGCGCACUUCUGACGGACAAAUAUACGCCUUGAAAAAAGUCAGACUUGGCCCUUUAAAACCUAAAGAAAAAGAAAACGCUUUAAAUGAGGUAAGGAUUAUGGCUUCUUAUAAUCAUCCAAACAUCAUUGCAUUCAAAGAAGCUUUUAUUGAUGAAGCUUCCAAUACCUUGUGUAUAGUCAUGGAACUUGCAGAAGGUGGGGAUAUUUUAAAAAGAAUUGAGGCUCAUAAGGCAAAUAGGUCACGAUAUCUUGAAAAAGAUAUAUGAGACGCAUUAAUUCAAACAACGAGAGGGCUUAAAGCACUCCAUGACCUAAAUAUUCUCCAUAGAGAUUUAAAAUGUGCAAAUAUAUUUGUAGGGACAGAUGGGACUUAUAAGUUAGGAGAUUUGAAUGUUUCAAAAGUAAACAAAGGAGGAAUGGCGUCCACACAGACAGGGACACCUUAUUAUGCAAGCCCUGAGGUGUGGAAAGACCAGCCUUAUAACUCAAGCUCAGACAUUUGGUCGCUAGGCUGCGUUAUUUAUGAAAUGGCUGCACUUACCCUUCUAGGAUUUUUUAAUUGAUUUUUUUAUUUUAAAAAAAAAAAAUUUUUAAUGGAGAAGUUAAUCCUCCAUUUAUGGGAAAUGACAUGAAGGCACUUUAUAACAGAAUUAUAAGAGGAGUUUACCCUAAUAUUCCUCCUAACUAUAGCCAAGAUUUAUCAAAUGUAAUAAAAGCUAUGCUGCAGGUUAACCCAGCACAGAGACCGUCAUGUGCUCAAAUUUUGGAAAAUCCUUAUGUUUUACGACAUUUAAAUCAAGCCCCAGUAGAAGAAGUAAGCCAUGAGAAUCCUGAUUUGUUAGGCACAAUUAAGUUUGAGCCUAAUUUUCAUAGACUGAAUAAUAAGCUGCCUGAGGCGAAUUAUGAGAAAAAAGAAAGGGUCUUAAGUGCGAGGCCAAUAGCGGAAGAAGAUAUAGAUGAAAUGCCGCAGAAGCCAAGAGUUAUUUCGAGCGCAAAAGGACCUAGGCCUAUGCCGAGUGAAGCUCAAAAGAAAAUUGAUGCUUCUAGGAAUCCUUCUCAGCCAUCAUUAUACCUUAAUAGGCGGGUUUAUUUUUAUAUAAAUUAAGUAUUUAUAAUAUAAUUUCAUUAUAAAAAGUAUAAAUCAAAUCCCAGAAAGUAGAGCGGUCCAAGGACCUAAUUAUCGUCCUGCAGUCCCAGUAAAAAAUCCAAUACCACAGCCUAAAGCAAAAGUCCAAAGUCCUAACGUCCCUGCUAAAGCACCUGUUCAAAAUCCUAGUGUCCCUUAUAAGCCAGUUGUUCAAAGCCCUAAUAUUCCACCAAAGCAAAAUAUUCAAAAUCCCAAUAUUCCUCCUAAACCUGCUGUUAGUCCUAAUAUUCAGCCUGCCAAAGCUCCUUUCCAAAAUAUUCAGCCUGCCAAAGCUCCAAUCCAAAAUCCAAAUAUUCAGCCUACCAAAGCCCCAAUCCAAGGUCCAAAUUUUCAACCAUCUCGGCCUGCUCAGAAUAAUCAGCCUCCUCAAGGCAAAAUAGUCCAAAAUUAUCAGCCAAAAUAUCCGCAGCCUCAACAAAAUAUUCCACAAAGGGUUGACCCUCGAAAUAACGCCAAGCCAGACACCCGUGGAGGCUUAAGAGAAGAAAACAAGCAGCCAGGGCAGCCUCGAAACCUAUCAGUCCCAAGUGUCCCAGUCAGCAAAGUCGCCCUGAAUGAUGUCGGGACUCCCAAACAAAGCCAAAGUCCAGACUACAGGAACCAAUUAAAAGCCCAAUACGACAGAGUCCCAAACGCAAUAAACCCCAAAAACGCCCCAGUAAAAAAAUAUGAAGCCGUUAAGCCUGUAUGGUGGGGUUAA